CUCAUCUCUCACUGUCCUCGCGGUGUUGUCUGUCUGAUCACUUUCCGCAUCCUCACAUCCCCAGCUACUUGCCUUGUCGAUAUCCCCAGUACCCAGGAACCUUGGUGUUUGAGGAAAUCGGCAAAGAUUCCUAGUAAUCAAGCUCCCCUUUUGACUGAUGAUCUCAGAAGGAAGUCUUUCGGGCGCUUCUCCCCUCUCAACCCAAGCCACUAAUCUUUCCAAAGGAUCUUUUGGGACUGGCCCCGACCCAGACCCAAAACCGCAAUGUUCCACACCUGGUGCGAAAAACAAUCGAUAGAAAUCGUCGACAACAUCUGCACCACCCAUUAUCUUCUCAACACGCUGUCGGUAUCGGAUAGUGUUGCCAACAGGUACAAUAGGAUCGCUGAUGCCGUGCCAGCUCAGCAGUUUUGCACCCGCAUCACGGAAGCGUGAAAGAUCUGUAUCGUAUGAGUCCCAAAUCCAACCAAACUCCUCAUUGCCCUGCGCCCACAAAGCAAUAUAGUCGGCAACACUCAGCUUUAGGACGUCGAAACCGGGGUCUUUUAGAAGAACCGUUCUGGGGAAGACGCCACGAGUCGUGGGGUUGUUCAGGUUGCGGACACCAUUUGAGUCGAUAGUGAUGUUCAAGAAUGCAUUCAGUGGCGUACCAACGGGGAUACCUGGGAAAACAUUCUUGUCAGAUGGCGUAGCAGGGCCUUGAUAAAUCUUACGAACUGCCUCGGCAAUAGCGCGUGUGAUCUUGAUGCUGCGUCCCGAGCAUUCCAUCUUUUGGCCGAUGAAUUCUAGGGGGUCGAACGUGCAACGCUCCGGGUCCCCGAUGACGAACCAGUCGAAUUCGCAAUUACUGACGAGCGUUCCUGCACCAUUCAUCGCGACAAUCGGCCAUAUACCAUAUAGGAACACACUUGGCAGUUUGAUGGCUGGGGCAGCAGCAAGUACUCCAUCAAGCAGAUGAGGAUAUCUCUGAGCCAUCAUAUAUCCCUGUCGACCUCCCUGCGAGCACCCAUUCCAAUAUGAGUGAUGAGGUUUCUUCCCAUAGAACUGCUCCACAAGGCUUUUGCCGACGUGGACCUGCUCUGCAAGACUCCGGGUCCCAAAGUUAUGCACCAGAUCCCAAUUGAUGCUCUUAUUCUUGUUUAGUACCCAGUCAGCUGCCACGAAGUCGAAUGGAUGUCCUCCAUCUGUAGAUGAUGCCGCGUAGCCACCGGCAACUGCAGGACCCAAUGCUAUGUCGAACAUGCCUGUCGCCCAACCCCCGCCGCCUGUUGCUUGAAACCGGGCAUUCCAAUCUUGAAGAGGAAGCCAUGUCUGUACCAUGACUUGGUCGUUCGCGCCUGGAUGUGUAAGGUAGACUUUGAUAUCGCAGUAAUUGAGGUCCUUGAGCUCGGUCUUGAGACCAGGAGUAAUAGGGAUGUUGACAUUGUGCUUUUCCUCUACCGUCAACGACAGGAUAGUGGUGCCUGGAAUAGUUGGAUGCUGGAAUGUGGCGGUCUCGCACUUUUGUCUUCCUUGGGGUCCGUCUUUGGUUGUAGCGCCCACUACAGUGAAGAGCUGAAGUAACAACAAUGGCAGUGCCAUUUUGUAAGCUGUAAGAUUGAAGACGGAGGAAGUUUUUUUGUCAAGCAGAUGGUAACUGUAGGAUCUUAAUAAUAUAGAGAUUCGUAUAAU